AUGGAAGGACCAAAGCAAAUUGGGAGUUUUUUGCUGCCGCAAAAGUUUCUUCAUCGUCUCCCACACCUGAUCUUCCGGAGAUUGCAUUUGCUGGUCUGUGCUAUUCUCUUUGCAGGAGGUGAUACAGUUGCUAAUAUGUACCCUUUAGUCUGUUCGGUGCUAAUACAGUUGGAAGUCCAGCUUCUCGAUCUGUGGAGUUUCUCAAAAUUUUCUUUGCAGAUGGAAAACAGUGAAACUCUGAAGGAUAAGGAUGGGGAUUUCAGCCUUAUACACUCCAUUCACACUACUACAACACUAUACUGGUUGUUAGCUUUGCACUUUGCAGCUGAAAAAAGAAGGCAACUGGUGGCGGAAGAAACAACACCCAAGAGUGGGCAAUUUACUUUCCUGGAUUGAUUCAAUCUAAGCACAAGUACAUUAGCAUGCCCUGUUAAGGAGAGUGUGAAGCUCUAUGCUAACAGCUUUUAAUUUGCUCAGCUAGCCAGGAGCCGAGAUGCAAUUCCAUAGAGAUUGUAAGCCAAAUUAAAGCUGCAGGGAAGUAAGGAAUUCAUAGUAGCUGUUGAAGACUUCGAUCAUAUGUUUUCAUAGCAAUUGAAGACCUUAGUUGAAGACCUUAUCUGUUCUGUUUGAGCUCAGGCACUUUUUUACCAUAAUUGACUAUGGUUAACUUUGCUAAGAGUUGUAUUACCUUUAUGGCUUUCAAAUUGUUGUUCAC